AUGUCAACUCCAGCAAGUACAACGCCACCACAACAACAAAAUACUAGUAGUAACUCAGCAACAGUAUUAUCUACAUCUACAUCUUCAGCAUCUAGCAGUGUCAUUGAUACUAAUUCACCAACAUUAUCGUCAUCCUCAGCCUCAUCCAUAGCACCCGCAAACGCAGGUAUCAAUAUAACAACAAGUAAUCAACCACCAACUAUAUCUAUUACAAACUCACCAAACUCGACUGUAACAAAUAAACAAGCAACAUCACUCGAUUCAACUGAACAUAUUACAAUUACAUAUCAAGAUGAUGCAUCUUCAGUUUGGAAAUAUGUCGAAGUAGAGUUACCAAAUCAUUUACCAUUAAGAAAUAUUUCAUGGAAAACUAAAACAGGGCAUACAAAAGUUGUGGAUAAAAUGCCAAUUGAAAUACUACAAUAUAAUGACGAAAGAAUUAGACCAAGUUAUGACAACCAAACUCUUUAUAGGAAGCCAUAUUUAUAUUUAUAUUUAGUACAUUGCGACGAUCCAGAUAUAUACAAAAAUACCAUUAGGGGUAAAAUAAAGAAUUGGGUAUCACAAAUGACCGAAAAGGGGCAAGAAUGGUUAAUUGUUUAUGUUUCAUUGGGCCCAAAAAGAUUUGGGGAGAUAACAUCAAAACUUUCAAGAACAGUUUACGAUCGUAUAAAGAGUGAUUUUAAUGUUAAACGUGAUAGAUGCUGCCAAUUAAGAUUUUUAGAUGACUCUAAUCGCAAUGAUGAUCUUUGGGAUGACCUUUUAAUGAAGAUGAAAGAAGGUAUUAUUGCAAGUGCCGAACAAUAUCUAACCACCUACGAAGAUGAAAUUAGAAAGAUGGAUGCAAAAAGAAAUUUACCAGGUUGGAGCUACCAAAACUUUUUUUUUAUAAAAGAAGGCCUAGCGUUGAUAUAUGAACGUGCUCAAUUAUACGAAGAUGCCCUUAUGCAAUACUUUGAGUUGGAAGUUUUAUUCACCGAAAAUAGAUCCCAAUUCGAAUUGAUAACAGAUCCUGGCAGAUUAGAAAGCAACGAUAGAUCUUGCAGUGGUAAUAUAUUGGAUACAUCAACUAAAGAUUUUAGAAAACUAAUUCACGAGAAUAAGAUUAGCUUGUUUGAUUUCAAAAUUUAUUUAUUUGCAAGACAAUGUAAAUUGCUAUUCCUUUUAAAGAAACCAAUCGAAGCAGCAACCAAAUCAAUUUCAUUUAUCACAUCAAUCUCAAUGAUCAUAAAGCAAUUUCCAAAUUCAUUCUCACCAAUGUUCAAAGAAUCUUGGACCUUUAGCACAAGUAUGGAGUUAAUUAAUGCGUGUCAAGAUUCAUUCGAAAGAAUUAUUUCGAGCUCUCAACAAACUACUGGUACAAAUCAAACAGUCCAAAAAGUUAAUAAAUCAACCACCCCAUCAAUCAGUAGAUUACUUGGUGCUUUUGGUACACCAUUCAGCAGUAGUAGUAGCAGCACAGGAACGAGUGGUUCAACGAAUCCAAAUGUAAAUAAUAAUAGUAAAAGUAGUAUUCCUUCAUCAGGUAGUUCCGGUAAUCUCAGUGGUAUAAACUCAUUGACAGUAGCUGGUAGCUCAAUAAUUGCAGGUCUUUCGGGUUCACAAUCUUUAAAUAAUUUACAAUCUGCUCAAAUUUCACAAGCAUUAAAUACAAAUAGUUGGAUACGUACACCAUCAUUAAACCUAGCAUCAGAUCUCUCAGAAAGACAAUUAGAAAAACAAGAUAGAGAAAAUUUAGAUUUUCUUCUUAGUGAUUUAACAUAUAGUGCAGCACAACGUUUGGAGGAGUUAGCAGUUAAAAUUGGCUUUUUACCAGAGGACGAUUACAAUGAUAUGUUUUUCCAAAAGGUAGAGAAAAUCAUAAAUAAUGAAAAUGCAAAUAAACCAAUCGAACCAAUAGACACCUUAUCACUAUUUAGCUAUCCAACAUUACAAAAUAAUUUACAAACCUCAAAACAAUUCCAACAACUUUAUGUUGAUCUAUUAAACAAGGUUGAAAAACUCUACAAUCAAUCCAAUCGUUUAAGAAGUAUUUCAAGAUUAAAAUUUUCAUUGGCAAAUUUAUAUUUUAAGCAAAAAGACUAUCAGUUGGCAGAGAGUUUAUUUAGACCCAUUACAAAUCUUUACUCUAGAGAAGGCUGGACCUUUAUUGACUAUGCAAUUAGAACUAGAUUGUCAUACUGCCAAAAACAACUAGGCUAUUUAGUAGAUUAUGUUACCACAUGUGUAUCCUUAUUAGCGCCAGGUUUACUAUUAUCAAAAGCUGAAAAGGACUAUUAUCUUAGUGAAAUCUUACAACUAUCAAAUGAUCCCCAACUAGUUAUUGUACAGUCAAUGAUACCUUUAUUUAAAUGCAAAGUUACCUAUACCCAAAAAGAGCCCGUUUAUAGAUAUUUAGAAACUAUUAAAAUCAAUGUAAAGAUAAAAAGCAAUUUAACCUCACCUGUCAAAUUUAAUAGUGGCUCAGUUAGCUUUUUAAGAACGAAUAAUAGUAGUGGAAGUAGCAGCAGUAGCAGUGGCGAUAAACUAGUUUUCCAAUUAAAUGACUUUGUAAUUGAACCAGGUUUAAACCAUUAUCAGUUUUCAACUUUAGCAUCAAUAAAGUCAACAUUUGUAAAAGAUUCAAUUUGGUUAAAAUUAGGUAGUCUCUCAUUCGGUCAUUCACUUCGUGAAUCUGAUAAAUCCGAAAUCAAAAUUACCGACAGCGAAUCACAGAUUACAUUAGAAUCAUUUGCAAAAUCACCACUAUUACUUUGUUCAAUUCAAUAUAUUGGUAUUAAAUUGCAAACCAACUCUGACACCAUUGAAGCUGGUGUACUUUCUUUCACAUCACCAACAGGGGCAACUAUUAUACCAACGCCAUCUAUAACCUUUAUUCAAACAGAUAAUAAUACAAAUACCUCACAAGCAAAAACCAUUAAUUUGGUUAACGACAAACUACCACUUUCACAGAUUGGCUAUAAUCAAACAUUAGAGUUUUAUCUUCCACUAAUGGCAGUUAACCCAGAUACCUUCACUCACCAAAUUCGUAUUGAACUUCAACACCAAAAGCAAACAAAAGAGAAAUUUUCAUCAUCAUUAGUUUCAUCAACCCUAUUCGUCAAUCCAUUCUCUGUUGAAGAAUCUGUGAUCUCUGUAAAUAAUAGAUUAUUUUUAAAAACAAUUUUACAAUGUACAACACCAAAUAUGAUUCAAUUAAAUAGCUACUCAUUAAAAGGUUGUGAUUUAGAAUACCAAGAUCCCUCCACAACAACAAACUCUUUUUAUUUCAUUAAAGAUCAUAACCAAUCAUUAUUUAAUAACAAUAGUUUAAUUAAUUUAUACCCUGGCCAAGUUAUUUCAUUGGUUUUUGAAAUUAAAAAAUAUAACGAAAAUGAUAUCAACAAAAAAAUGACUCUAAAUCUUAAAUAUACAAGCAAAAUGCCAACACCCCAAUCUGAAUACGAAAAAUCAUUUGUUAAAGAGUGUAAACCGCUAUGGAGAGACCAAAAUGAAUUUAAUUGGCCCAUUUUAAUAGAAUGCCCAUCUUAUUUAUAUCAAGUCGAUUUGAAUAUAACGAGCAAAGCAUAUCUUGGUACCUUAGUUCCAUUCGAAAUUUCAAUUACAAAUUUAAAACCAAAAAAUUUGGAAAAUCAAUCAACAACAUUAAAUCAACUUCAGUAUCAAAUCGAAAUUGAUCCAACCAUUUGGAUGAUGUCUGGUAAAAAUAAGAACUCUUUCUUUAUUGACGAUGGUCAAAAGAUUACCUUUACUUGUGAUCUAAUUCCAAUUUCAUCUGGCUCUUUGCCAAUCCCUAAAGUCUCUUUACUUGGUGUAGAUCCUUUAAAUAUAUUUUCACCAAAGAAUUUAAACGAAAAUAUAUAUGUUUUCCCAACUCCACAGUUUUAUUCUUGCCACCAAGCUCAAGAUCUUAAUAAUAACAGUAAUAAUAAUAAUGUUAAAACUACUAAAUAA